UUUCAGUUUCUCCCCAAACAAAAACACUUUCACUUCCUCAUCAUCAUAUCUCCCAGGUGCUUCAACAAAACUCCAAAAUUAAAUGCAUUAUCCUAACAACAGACCCGAAUUAUCAUCCGGAGCUCCAUCUCCGGAUCGUGAUUUGACCCGGUAUCCGUAUCAUAAUCAGGAGCAAGAACUAUCCGUCAUAGUCUCGGCCUUGCAGCACGUGAUCUCAGGGGAAAACGAAACGGCGCCGUAUCAGGGCUUCUCCAGCACAGUGAUAAGCGCGGGAAUGGCUCGUUCGGAUUCCGACGCUUGCCAGGUGUGCAGGAUCGACGGCUGUCUCGGCUGUAACUACUUUUACGCGCCAAAUCAGAGAAUCGAAAACAGACACCAACAAGUAGAGGUUGAAGAAGAAGAAGGGGUUACUAGUAGAAGAGAGAGCCACGUGGCGGCGGCGGAAGGAGGAGGGAAAGUGAGGAAGAGGAAGAACAAGAAGAACGGGUACAGAGGAGUGAGGCAGAGGCCUUGGGGGAAAUUCGCAGCUGAGAUCAGAGAUCCCAAGAGAGCGACACGUGUCUGGCUCGGCACUUUCGAGACCGCCGAGGACGCUGCCAGGGCCUAUGAUCGGGCCGCUAUUGGGUUCCGUGGGCCGAGGGCGAAACUCAACUUCCCGUUUGCGGAUUACACUUCGUCUGCUGAUGACGUGGGAACGAGUGCGAGUGCGAAUGCAAGUACGAGCGUAAGUGCAACGGAAUCUGCUGAAGCAGAACAAUGGCGUGGAGGAGAUUGUGAUAUGGAUGAAUAUUUGAAGAUGAUGAUGAUGGAUUUUGGGAAUGGUGAUUCUUCGGAUUCAGGAAACACUAUUGCUGAUAUGUUCCAGUGAUUCUUCUUCUUCUUCUCCAACUUUGCUCUUUCGAGAAUUGUAUUUGGUUCAUAAAAAAAAUUGAGCUCUUUCUUGUUUUAGUCGAAGAAGAGAGUUGACACUGGAAUGACUUGUUUAAAGUAAGCAAAGAACAUGUAAUUAUUACUAGUGCAUCAAUUUUUGUAUUUUAAUAUGUUCCUCUCA